AUGAUAAAAAAAACAUUUUUCGGUAUUUCUUUAAGAGACAAACAAAAAUACACCUUUAAAGAGUAAAAUGGGCUGCUCUGUUAUACAUUCACUUAAAUAGUUUUAGUUGGUACAGGUGAAGCAAAGAUAUAUGGACUUUCGAGUGAUAAAAAGAUUUAGAUUGCCUCUUUGAAUGGGAAGCAUAACCAGAGUAAAUGCAAAUUCAUUAUGGAUGAAAAUAAUUUUACCCAUUUAAUCUGUCUUGGAGAUGAGUCUAUAUCGAUAAAUGUGUUAGGAUAUAAGUUAGAAAAUAAGGUUUAGGAACAAUAGGAAAAUAAUUAACAAGAAAAUUCAAUUUUCCGAAAUGAAUUCAGAGCACUACAACCACAAGAGGAGAGGGAAUUGGAAACAAAAGGAAAAGAAGUAAUAUAAAAAAAUAUAAAAUCAAAAAUAAUUAUAUCAAAAGUAUUGAAAAAUAGUAUGUGUUGUGAUAUAUUAAAAUUUAUUAGUUUAAAUAUUUUCUUUGAUAUGUUCAGAUCAAUUUCAAAAUGGAGAAUGAGAAAUUAGCUAAAGCUCUACUUUUUGCUAUUAUCUCUAUUCUCUACUUUAUUCAUAGGAAUUAUUCUAAUCGUAACUCAGAAUCUUGUAUACCAAAAAGUAGUUCUGACUACGUAGUAGAUAUCGACCAAGUUGACAGAGAAUGAAAUAUCAAAUUAGUUUGAGACUCAAAUGCAAUUGUUUUUUGAAGUUAUUAAUAAAAAUUACCGAGCUCUUGAUAAAUUUGCUUAAUUAUUUACAUUUGUAUAAUUAGAAUUGAGCUUAAUAACAUCGAAAAGUGAUUAAUGUCCAGUAAACUAGACUCAAAAUUAUCGGAAAUCGAAUAUUUGCUAUAAUAUUUUGAAUUUGAAUAGUGGCUAGGAAUUAAAUUCAAUUUAAUAACAAGACUUAUAAUUGCAUUUGAAGCAUUAAAGUCUAUUAUAGGAGUUGCUAUUGCUUUUUGACCCUGAACAAUUUAUUAUUGGGAAUUGGUCGAUUGGAUCUGGUAAGCAAUUCUAUUUUUCAGCCUACUAAGCGAUAGGCUAUUAUUCCACAUUUAAUAUCGCUACUAGGCCGUUCUACUUGAAUCAUAUCAAAAAAGCGAAUACCUCUGAAUAUAUUUUUAGUGACGUAUUCUAUAAUUUUGAAAAUGAAUAUAAAGUCACUAUUUCUAAAAACCUUACCAAUGAUAUAACCGAAGGUAUUGUGGCCACCUAAUUUGAAUUUCAAAUAAUCAAAAAGUUUUUUUAGGGAAACUUUCUGAUUCUCAAUAAGGAUGGAUUAAUAUUGAUUGGCAAUGUAUAAAUGUAUUUUCAACCAAACAGAACUAAUGUUUAUUUUUUUAAUGAAACCCUUACUGGUUUUAAUGAAAAUGAUUGGAAUUCAGUCAGGGUUUACAUGGAUUACAACAUAUCGGAAUCCAAUUGCACAACUUCGAACUCCUUACACCUAUGUAGGUACAACAAGAUAACGUUGAUGGAUGUGAUGAUAUUUGCAAAGUUUUUGCGAUUUUCUAAUCUGAUAUUGAUUAUAUUAAAGAACAUAGAGAAGGAUGAGGAUCUUGAAAGGUAGUUGAUUUGGAUAGAGGAAUAGAAGAAUCUUCAAAUUACUCAAUUGUUAACAUAUCAAUUAAUUGCAGCUUUGGUCAUUAGUCUUACUGCCAUCUUGGUUGUGAGAUACAUCUGCAGAUACAUGACAUAUCUAGAGAGAUUAGCACAUUCCCAUUUUUAAAAUAAGCCUGUUGACUUUUAGGUGUAUUCUUUCCUAAGAGAAAUAAAACUACAUUAAUAAUCGCAUUCCACAAAUAUCACUCUGAAUCUAUCUGAUUCCUACUACAGACUAAUUUCGUAGUUAAAUGCAAGACCAUUUAUAAAGAAUGAUGAAUGUAAGAAUUUUGAAUCUUUUCAAUUUCCAUCCUUUAAAAAAAAAUUUAAUCUAUUAAAGUGGAAAUCUCCUAUUCAAGAACUCCACGAUAGCAAAGGGACGUCUAGACCAAGUUGCAAAGCUCUAAUAUUGAAUUUGCUUAGAAAAUCAUAUCAAAGACACAAAUAUUGA